UGGGAUUUGGGUGCCAGACAUAACAGAAGAUAGUACCAGUAACAUAAGUACUGAUAGUAUAUGAUUGUUCAAUCAAAUCUCAUGUAGCCUGAAAGCUAACACGGUGCUCCCCCAGACAGACUGCUGUUGAUUGGUCCGUGGACAGGCCUGAUCUGUAGCAGCUGCCGUCAUCCUACCAAACGUGCUGGGGAUGCUGACUGUGGCUGAUCCCUCUACCCUCUCCUGCUGGCGGACUGCGGUAUGCAUGGGCUCUGUUUGGAUACAUCAGGUACAUCUAAAUUAAACGGAUGGAUGCUGAAGAUCCGGGACUGAGAUGAGAUAAGCGUCCUCUCUGUCUCCGCCGAGCUGCUGCAACGCCGAGCACGCAGGAAAGACGUUGUCACUUAGUAGCCCCAAAAACACCGGAAUACAGGGAUCUAACAUUUUAUUUUGCCAGUGAGCUGUGUUACCGGAAAGGGUUGUCUUCUCUUUGCACAUAAUCGCCACCUCGAUAAUGGUCCCGACGCUGCUCUCCAGAGGUGAUGUGAGCUGAACUAGCGGGGAAGCCGCAGAGGAGCUGUCCGUCUGUCGAGGUGCUGAUGCGGCUGUGACAGAAGCGAGCAUGGCUGCCGGGAAGUUACUGCUCUACGCCGGGCUCUCUCUUUCUCUUUGCGCCCUGGGCAUGCUGGCUGUGGCGAUGUGCUCCGACCACUGGUACGAGACUGACGCCAGGAGGUACAGGGAGCGGUGCCGAAGCUUUUCCAGCCGUCGCAAGGACCCGGGCUUCAUCUACAUCCCCAACAACAGCCUGCCGCUGCGGGCCAGCCGGAGCAGCCUGCCCCGGUGGGAGGAGAAGCUGCUGCUGGCCCGGAACCGGCGGCAGCUGUUCGCCAUGAGCGCCGCGGAUGAGUGCAGCAGGCAGUAUAACUCAACCAACAUGGGGCUGUGGAGGAAAUGCCAUCGGUUUGACUUCGACCAAGAAAUCGAAGACCUCAUCCGGAAAGGUUCUAUUGCAAGGUGCUCCUACAUCAAGUAUCACUACUCCUCGGCUACGAUACCCAAAAACCUCUCCUUCAACAUCACCAGGACAAUAAGACAGGACGAGUGGCACUCCCUCCACUUGCGGCGGAUGACGGCAGGUUUCAUGGGCAUGGCGGUGGCCAUCAUUCUGUUUGGUUGGAUCAUUGGCGUGCUCGGUUGCUGCUGGGACAGAGGCCUCAUGCAGUAUGUGGCCGGCCUCCUCUUCCUCAUGGGAGGAACUUUCUGCAUCAUCUCCCUCUGCACCUGCGUUGCCGGCAUCAACUUCGAACUUUCCCGCUACCCGCGGUACCUGUACGGCCUGCCCGAUGACAUCGGCCACGGCUACGGCUGGUCCAUGUUCUGCGCCUGGGGAGGCCUUGGCCUCACCCUCAUCGCUGGCUUCUUCUGCACCCUGGCUCCCUCUGUCCAGCCGAUACCCCGAUCCACCUGCCCCAAGUCCCGACAGGAGAACGGCACCGUCUGCUAAAGCUGACAGCCAUUCGACGACCAACUGAACCCACAGAUUGACAACAAACAAACAGAAAAACUGUGUCAUGUCUUCAUCCACCCACUCAUCUCCAGUCUCUCCUGGUUGCAGAUUUCUUUUUUUUUAUUUGUGUGUGUGUGUUUAAAAAUGGGUGUCUUGAUGAUCUGCUAUCUUGAAAAUAACAGAAAAAAACUGAAGAACUAAAGAAAUAUUAUCAAAAAUUUGAAGUUGUGCUUGUUUUGUUGUUAUGGAGCAGACGCUGAAAUGGACCGUGACCAAGGAGGGUUUCAAAGGAAAUACGUGGGGAAAGUGAAAGACUACAUUUUGGUUAUAGCAAAACAGGGGGUCUAAACCUCUAGAGGUGAUUGACAAUGGUGUUCAGCCUGGGAACUGCUUCUAUUAACUGGUCUACUGUGAUUAAAUGAAUGAAUCAGCAGGAUUGGAGGAAACAGUCAGAUGGUUAAGAUCAAGUUUCUCGUGGGCUUGGCCUCUUGGAGCCUCCCCUGUGGGACCAUUCACAAGGAAAUGGACCAAACAUGAAAUCACUUGACUUGAUGGGCUUAGAUCAUGUUAACUUUCAGUAUUCCAGCUUCUGAGGUCCCUCCACUUACUUUGGACAUGGGGGCAGCGAGGAAAUCCAGGACCUCCACUGUUGUACAUUAUUGUACAGAAUAUUCCAGAGAAGUGACAACCAGGAACUGUCAUGAUGGACCAUUUUCAUUCUCGUGUAGGUGCAUUACAUCCUGUCUGAUGAUUCCAUCUGCCAUUUAGCAUUUUAUACAUGCAUUCCUCUUUUAUUCAAAGUGUAUUUUCCUUUAUACUGAGCCCUUCAUGUUGUGAACGAACUGUCGACUGAGUGUACGUUCAGAGCAAAUGUUGUGUUUCAUUUUUUUUUUCCACCAUUCUAGUCAUAGAAGUAAAUGUGUGUGUAUGAGUGUUUGUAUGUGUGGGGAGGGGUUGUUUUGCAGUCUCUAUAGGAAAAAAAAGUUGUAAAAAAUGAUCAUAAUGACAAAGUGGAGCCCUGCCUUGGGGAUGUACAAAGGUAGGAGCUUUGAUGAACAGAACGACAUAAUGGAGAGAUCGUAUCCUGUUUAACCUCACUGACUCCUGCCUCCUUGUCAUCUCUUCUGGAGAUUCCAGCAGACCUGGCAGAUAAAGAAGAGUUGAUUUAAAAGGUGGUGGUGGGGGGCAGCAUGUUCAACUCUGUACUCUGCUGCCCUAAGCAACUACGGAAAGCUUAAGUAAUUGCAUCUGAUGAGAACACACUCCGACUUUCUUGCUGGGAAUUUGUGAAGCUCGGCUGUUUCUCUGAGCACACGGCUUCUCCUCCAGCUUUUAUUUCUCUUUCACCAACAGCCAAGACCUGGCAGGCUUUCCUGCGGGGCCUCCUCUCUCUCUGAGAGGAGGAUAAACAGUACAGUAUCAAAGUACAGGGUUAAAAAAAGGUCACCUUACUCAGUCAAAACAAGUCUAGACUGCAGAAGACAAGCUACGUGUUCUAUAUUUGCAGGAUUCCUCGAGGCCUCAGCCACCAAUCUGAAGUCAGAAAUCAAAACGCACACUAGCAUGGGCUUGAAUAUUUGUAUGCACAUUAGGGAUGAUGAUCGUAUUGCAAUGAAUAGGCCAUUAAAACUCUCACCUGGACAAAAUAUAGCAGCUGGUUUUGCUGACGUCCAAUCAUCCAACUAUACAAAACAAAAAGCAGACACUGAAACAGUGAUCCUGCAGUUUAUUCAAGUACAGCCAAUCCAAAAACAAAACUUGAACUUGUGAUCUGUCGAAGAAUAUUUCGGUUCAAUUCAAACGUGGGUCUUAUUUUGUAGGACCUCAACCUGGUUUAUAGAAGUCUGGAUAUGUUAUCUGGAGGAUACUGUUCCUUGUAAGAUCCUGGUUUCAAUGAGGGAGUCUUGUCCUUUUUUUGGAUCUGGGGACAAGCAAGUCAACACUAAUCUUGCAGACCAGUGAGGUGCUGGAGUGAGCGAUGUGGUUAAGGUUUACCUAUGUUUUAUAUUUUCAGAGACUACUGACACCAUUUUCGAUCAAGGCAGUUUGAGAGCCGUUCAGAGCUAGUGCCUAAUCUAUGCCAAAGAACCGGCUUUCUGAUAGAAAAACUGGUUCCAGAGCUGGUGUCUCAAUUUCUAGGAAAGCAGAGACAUAUACAAUGACAUGAUAGUGUGCCUCUCAGGCAAGUUCAUAAGUUGAACCAACUGUGAACCAGCACCAGCCCAGCACUAGAACUAGGUUCGCAUUGGUCGAAAUGGGGUAUGUGAGACACUGCCUUUAGUCUAAAGUCAAAUCAUUUCCUGUCAAGAGUCAGUCCAGUGGAUGACACUGCCACUAUGCUUCGUGGUUUGUCAGAUGGUCUAUGACCGUUUCAAUAACUUUCCAAAACCAAUAAUUUGACAUUCACAAACCCACACCACACCUUUCAUAAAUGGCCAUUUAUCAUCAGCUAUAAACACUUUAUUUCCUUUUGAUAAUAAGUGAACAUGUUAAAGAUAUGAUACAGUCCAUUCAAUCAAGAUAACAAAUUGCCAUCAUGUCUAACUAACACGGGCCUCACCUGGACAGACCUACCUGCACAGCACUGUGUCAGUCUGUCUGCAUCUAUUAUUACUCUGCUACAAGGGAAAAGACAGCCAGGCUUGUUUGUAUUUCUUUAACCAAUCACAAUCUUCUUGGGCGGCGCUAAGCCCAGGAUGCAUCGGUGGUGGCUGUACGAUAGAUAUCGGAAGAGGAGGAGAGUGCUACGUGAAACAUGUGGCAGUCUAGAUCUGGUUAAGACUACACUAACCCUAAUAAAAAUACAAUGACGUAUAGUGUAUUCCAGGGACUGCAGAGGAAAAAUGACCUUUUGGAUAAUUCUGUCACAAUACAGCUAGUUUAUGAUGUGCUCUCUGUCUGUCAAAAAAAAACAACAAUAAAAUAAAUACUUCAACUUGAAAAUGAAGCUUUUGUGAGGCCAUACAGUACAUCUGUAGAUACUGUGUGCUCUAUAACAUCUCUAUGGCCUGUAGCCAACACUGCUGGGACCGGCACACGUUUAAAUCUGCAUUAACUGUCUUGUUUGCACUGUUUGAACUGGCUUGUUUGUUGACUGUCCUGAUCAUUUGACCUUUUCUUAACUUGUUGGACUUUGUUGUAUGAAUGUCAUCAUGUUCCCAGAUCUCAGAAAUUUGCUCAAAUAGAAAUGAAUCAUGAAAUUAUUUGAAAACUAAAAGAAAAUAAGACCCAAGUUGUCACUAGAAAAAUGCACCCAGCAGAGUGCAGAUCUCUCCCAGGUACUGAGAAUCUCCUGCGCAUUCUGUCCAGAAAACAAACAUUUUAAAAGUAGUUCCCUUGUUGUCUUGCAGACAGAUCUGACAGCAUGAAUUCCGUACAGGCAGUCAUCCAGACACACUUUCUGGAGAAGGCAAUUAAUUUCACUGAGCUGUGUGCACCUCUGAAUGUUAAUGUUAAUCCAGACAUGAAGUUGUUGUUUUUUGUUUUUUUUGACGCAUCUGAGACUUCCACAACAAGUACAUAGCAGCAGUAGUGGUUAUUUUGGCCAUGGCUGAUGACAGAAAGUAAUGUUAGUGAUGCAUUUCUAACCCAAAUGUGAUCCUGCUGUCAAACUUGCGGGGUGCCAAAGACAAGGUAAGGCUUGUUUUAGCUUAGCUGAUUGCAGGAAAUGCCUUUGAUAUGUAACUUAAGCAGUUGUUGAUGACUUGUGCCCCCCAAAUAAAAAAAGAAACUCCCCGAUCUAUUAGCUGCUCUCUUAAUGGGUUGCAGUUAAUCCCAUACCACAUAUUAAUCAAUAUCUUGCUCUGUAAUGGAGAUUCACUGUCGAUUUGCCUGUAUGCAAAUAAUGCACAAAUAUUAAUAGGUGGAGAUUGUGUGGUUGUAAAUUAGAGACUUUAAAAAGAAGGAUUUUUUUUUACUCCAAAUUCAAUUAAAUUGACACAGGCUUUGUGCUGUCUAAAGAGAGGAGGAUUAAGGUGACAGCUGCUGUGUAGGUUAACAUAUUUGUUACACUUUUAAAAAAACACUCAGCCUUCUGUACACAGCUAAACCCCAGUCAGUGUUUUUAUUAAUAAUGUCAUUGUUAUCUGGAUACUUCAAACAUGGUUUUCUGGUGAUCAGAGCUUCAGUAUGUCAUUAUCUGUAGAUAAUCGUCUGUUUCAUCCUGGAUCCAUUCCUCUGAGCCUCCUCAGAUGAGGCCAGAGCGUACGUGACAGAUCAUAAAUAAAUAAAUAAAUGAAUAGACAGGCCAACACAUAUCCUCAUAAUAACAUCAUCCCACAUAAUGAAAUAAUAAAGCCAUUAUCAUAAAUUAACCGUUGUAAAGCCCUUUCCUGAGAUAAUGGGAUGUCUAACCAGUCUCAUACAGUAGAGAUGAGCAUCACACAAAAAAUGAGAAAAUGAGAUAAUUAAGUUGCUAUCUCAACAUAAUGGACCAAAAAAAAAAGAUCAGCAGCUACGGCUGGUUGUUUAUUGCAUAUAAGCCAUGGGCCUUCUUAUUCUAUUCAAGUUCAAUGAGGCCAGAGUCUUUCUUUGCAGGCAGAGUAUAUUUUUUCAAUAAGAGAUGUUCCCUUGGACACAAGCUGAUAAUGCAAUUGAGCAUGAAAUUAGUUUAACUCUACUGGACUUCAAGAGCUGUGCUGCUUAAACCUCACACACACACACACACACACACACACACACAGUCCAGGACAUACAGAGUGAGACUGGAGUUAUCCAGUAAAAUGGUUCCUUAGCAUACGUUAAAGUCCCCCUCCACUCAAAAAAUGUGUUUAUGUCAUGUUUUUGUCCCCUGAAAUGUUUGAUCUUGAAUAUGCAGACUUGUAUCUGUGCAAAGUUUGUCACUAGAGAGGUGUUUUCACAAUCCUCUACUGACGGGGAAGAUGUAUGUGCACGUCACUGCAAUCUGAGAUUCAACUGUAUGCCAGGCACGCUAGAUUAGGUACAUCAAUGCUACGAAAAAGGCCAAUCUUAUCAAAAGCUUUAAAAAAACAUUCAGCACAGAGCAGACUCUACACAGAGCAAAAAAAACUGUAACAUUGUAGCACAUAUAAUUGUAUGUUUCAUAACCAUUAACACUGUCAGCCACUGAAAGUUACAAGCUAACAAGCUAAUAGCAUAAACAAGCUAAAAGAUGCUAACUACACUUCUUUUACAUCUGCUAGUCGCUAGGUACAUCUUGGUCUGUAGGCUCAAACAUGUGUGGCUGAAUCUCUCUGAAUCUUGGCUGGCCAGCCCGUGGCCUCCAGGUUAGAGAAUGGGAAUGGUUGGCAGAUCUAAUCCCAGCACUGAACCGCCCUUGAGCAAGGCAUCUAACCCUCCCACUGCUCCCCAGACGCAGAAAUGUGCUGCUCACUGCUCCAAGCAUGGUGUGUUCACUGGUGUGUAAAUUAAGGGUUAAAUGCAGAGGACAAAUUCACUGGUCGCUGUUUUGGUGUGUGCGCAAAAAAGGAAUCUUAAUCUUAAUCCUGAGAAAAUAGAGCUCUGUGACCAGUACUGUUCCUUCACUGGUCAACCUAGUACGCGAGCAGCGGCGUUGGCGAAUUCAUUUAUUUAAUUAUGAAUCAUCAAACUUGCAGUCCUUGUUUUUUAUGUUGUCAAAGGAGAAUUUUAGCCGGGAAACAAAUGGAGAGUCUGAACAAGAGGAUUUAAUUAAGUUAAAUAAGUGAAAAUGUUUUUAUGGAGCAGAUGAUUGUGGGUUUUGCUCCGUUUUUUUCUUUCUCCAAGAAUCAUCCACCUCUGAACAUUAGUAUGGGACCCCAACGUAUGUACCUGUAAGAUAUAUAAAUGAACCAACAAUUUGUAAAAUAAUUAAAGUACUUACUGAAA